AUUGAAAGUUGCUUCGAACAUCCGGUCAACUAAGAAGAUGCAAAUUAUUUAUAUUUUAUAAGUUUAAUCAAUCAAAUACUUUCUUUAACGCAUAGGAGAUUGCUAUGGAAGGGGUUGACAGGGAAGUUGCAGACAUUGUGGGAUGUUUUUACCUACAAAAGUUUAGAACUGAAUAUGUUUGGGGCAUUCUGGAGUGGGGCACUAGCAGAGGCAGCCCGUCAAGUAGAAGAACAAUCAUUUACUACAGAAAGAGUUAAUGUUCCUCCAUAUCCACAAGUCGUAAAUGUGGAUGGAAAUAAAAAUGGGAACAAUUUGACGACUAGGCGGAGCUUCUCAAUGUCGCGUCCUAGUGUAGGAGAGAGUGACACCCCGAAUACAAGCAGCCCCUUGAAGAUCAACCCCAGCUCACAAGACCAAACAUUCAAGGGUGCAACAAAAGGGCUGGGGAUGGUGCACAAUCACUCGGAGUCACCUACUGGUUCCCAUUCACCUGCCUUUGGGGGUACAGUUCCGCAAGAGCUACAAGAAGAGGCAAAUAAUAGUGAAGUUGCUAGGGGGUCUCCAACGUUUCAAAAUCGCAGCAAGUUUGAAUUUUUGGUUGAUUAUUACGCUGACCAGUCUGAAACCAAGAUCUUCAGCCCCCUAUUAGAGAAAGCAGAACAUGGAUCUUCCAGUGCGUCAAGCGCCAAUAAGGUCUCAAAAAGGGAGUCCCUCAAGGCUCAAAAGCGGAACUACCGUAAAGAAAAAAAGAGAGCAACCAAAGAACUUUUGAGUACAUUGAAGGACCCCUCCGUGAUAGUCAUGGCUGACUGGCUGAAAGUUCGUGGCUCUCUGAAAAGUUGGACCAAACUUUGGUGUGUCCUGAAGCCUGGGCUUGUGGUCCUAUAUAAAAGUCACAAAGCUAAGAGUGGCCAUUGGGUUGGAACCAUCUUACUGAAUACAACUGAGCUCAUUGAGAGGCCUUCUAAGAAGGAUGGCUUUUGUUUCAAACUGUUUCAUCCCCUGGAACAGUCAAUAUGGGCCACAAGGGGUCCCAAGGGUGAAAACAUUGGUGCCAUUACUCAGCCCCUUCCAUAUUCGUAUCUUAUAUUCCGGGCAGAGUCAGAAGCAGCAGGUAAAUGCUGGAUGGAUGCACUGGAGCUUGCAUUGAGGUGUUCAAGUUUAUUAAUGCGCUCAAUGAAGGAUAAAGACACCCCAUUGGCUGAUGAAUCCUACCUUACUCCCACAUUUAGACUUGGAGACUCGGAUCAACUUAAUGAGAGUGAUUAUGAACGUCAUUUUAAAGAAGUUGAUGGAGACUAUAAGACAGACAAAGAUGAUAAACAGAGUGAGAAGACUGAUAGUGAGAAGAGCACAGAUGUGUCAGAUGAAGAGAAGGAUGUCUAUGAUGAUGACCUUGAGCCAAUUGAGAGCCCAUAUGUAGCUGAUGCACCAGAGGAGCUUGGUCUACAAGGGGAUGCUAGUCAGACUGAGGAAGUUGCUGAGGAAAAUAAAAGUCUUAUUUGGGCACUUGUUAAACAGGUGCGACCAGGUAUGGACCUAUCAAAAGUGGUGCUACCAACAUUUAUCUUAGAGACCAGGUCUCUGUUGGAUAGAUUCUCUGAUUACUACUACCAUGCCGAUCUCUUGUCACAGGCAGUUCAGCAGGAAGAUGCUUACAGUCGUAUUAAAGCUGUUGUAAGAUGGUAUAUUGCUGGAUUUUAUAAGAAACCAAAGGGUCCGAAAAAGCCUUACAAUCCUAUCAUUGGUGAAACAUUUCGUUGCUAUUGGAAACAUCCUAAAACUGGUAGCAGAACCUUUUACAUCGCCGAACAGAUAUCUCACCAUCCACCAGUUUCAGCAUUCCAUGUUUCUAACAGACAAGAUGGCUUUAGUAUUAGUGGCAGUGUGCUUGCCAAGUCAAAGUUUUAUGGCAACUCUCUGUCUGCUAUCAUGGACGGCCAGGGAAGGCUGACAUUCCUUAAGAGAGGAGAAGAUUAUGUUAUAACCAUGCCAUAUGCUCAUUGUAAAGGUGUCUUAAUAGGAACGUUGACCAUGGAACUUGGAGGAAAGGUCCUGAUUGGCUGCGAGAAAACAGGGUACAAGGCUGAACUAGAAUUUAAAUUAAAGCCUUUCUUUAGCAGUGGGGAGGCUUCCAACAAAAUCUCUGGUAAAAUUAAGCUUGGAGAUGAGACACUAGCGACAUUAGAUGGACAUUGGGAUAAGGAGGUCUUCAUACGUGAUAAAAGUACAGGAGAAUCUGAGCUGUUCUGGCAAGUGACACCCGAUGUGAGAAUAUCUCGACUGAAGCGGCAUGUUGUAGCAUUGGAACACCAGGGGGAGUUUGAAUCUCAGAGGUUAUGGCAGCAAGUAACUGAAGCAAUAGUGCGUGGGGACCAGUCAGCCGCCACCCAGGAGAAGUUUAUCCUUGAAGAGGCCCAGAGACAAGGAGCUAAGGAGAGAAAGGCAAAAAUGGAGGAGUGGACACCAAGGCUGUUUGAACGAGACAUGAUUACAAGUGAUUGGGUCUAUAAAUACGCAGAUUUACGGCCUUGGGAUGCCUUUAACGACUUAGUGCAAUAUGAAAAUGACUUUAUUAUCAAGACAAAAACACGUCACAAAACGCCUCUUGUAAGAACAACCAGUAUUAUGAGCGUGGAGAAAUCGCAAGAAGGAUUACGCAAUCAGAAGCGGCAAGCAUCGAUAGAGCGUGUCCGAGCUGUUAGAAUGCGGUCAACAAGAACACAUUCGAGACAGAAGAUGAUUAUAAAUGAUAGCGGAAGUAGUACACCAGACCAAGAUGUGUCUCAUCGACUGGAGGAGAGUUCUACAGAUUCUACAGAAGAAACUCCGCAUAGCCUGAGCUACAGAACGCUUAAGCGAGCCCUUGAACCGAUUCAGGAGCUGCAAUUUGAACAAAAUAAGAAACUCACCUCAGUUUCGGAUCAGGUGCUAGCUCUACAGUAUAGAAGAACUAUGCCCGAACAGGGUUACUCCUUACAGAAUCGGGACUGGAUGAUUUUAGCAAUCCUCUUAGGUUUCCAGGCAAUAUUUUUCUGGUUAUUGAAAUGAUUUAAUAACUUAAAAUGCCUUAUGUGAUAUUUGUCUGAUUGACUAGGUGGGAAAUGAAAUCCAACAGCACCUGAAUGUACACAUAAUUAUGUCUGCUCCUGAUAUACAUGUAUAAUUCACAUAUUAUUGGGCAAAACUCACUUUGACAGACAAGAACACCAGAUCUUUAUUGUAAACAUAAUAACCUGGGCCUGCCAACAUUGCCUAUUAAUUUUAAUAUUAUGAUGAUUCUAUUGAACUUGCCAUUAUGGACAUGGCUGAACUCAGUGUAGUCUUUUGGGACAUUUUACAUAUAUUCCUAAAUCAGUUAUGCUCUUCUUCUUCAAACAAUCUUACAAUAACACUUCAAGCAAUAUUAGAGUCUGGUUAUUAAUAUUUAUUAAGACCACAAAAGCAAGUUAUUCUUCUAUAAUCCAGGAUUUACAAGGUACAAAUACAAUGUAUGCCUUAAAGAACUCUGGUUGUGUCUAUUUGACUACAUUUCUAAUUAUGUAUUUCUAUAUAUUGAGUGUUAUUUCUUGCUAGUUCAAUGUGUUUUGACAUUAUUUUAUUUUAAACCCUU